GCACCUGAGACCUUGGCCGGAUAGCAUGUACUCAAAUGCUUUGUUGAUCUACGAGAAAGGCACAGAGUGAGUUACAAACUUCUCCAGUCUCUCCAGGUCUAGCUCCUAUUGGAAUCAAGAAAGAGUGAAAAGAUAUCAAUGCCGGACGAUUUCCAGUCUCCUGGUUUUUACAUUAGUGGUCUGCACAUUCUGAAAGGAUCCCUUUCCCUUGUGCGGUGUCCCUGGUCAGCUUUUGAAGAGAAAUUGUUGAAGGUAUGGGUGAGGAAUGAAUCUGGAGUUAAUGGAGUUUGGACUCAAUUAACAACGGUAAGGUUGUUUCCAAUUGCUAGAACACCAUUGCUGUUUUGGAAGGAUGAUGAUAUUCUUGUGAAGUGUAAUCAUGAGAAGGAUCUGGUGUCAUACAACGUUGGUACACAACACAUUGAUGAUAUUCCCAUUUUUGCAGAGGUUAUAAAUGUAGGUGUGUCUUGGUAUAUUUGCUCUGCAGAAACUUAUGUAUGCAGUCUUGUCUCAGUUUGGGGAAAUUAGUUAGCUUUGUGAAGGAAGCUUUAUUUUGAUGAAAGAGGACACAAAUGUGUACAUUCAUUGCAAAAUGUAUUGUAUCUUUUAUGUUGGUAUUAUCUUGUUUUAUAAUUUGAUUUGAUGAUUUGAUACCUUUAGUUAUGUUUGAUAAACAUAUAUUUCAAUCGAGGGUGUGGAGGGAUAUCAUUUUGAUUGGUACUACUGGUGCGGAGGGAGCAGGGGUAAGAAAUGUUUAUACUUUUAAAUAGUGUCCUUUCUGGGAAAAUGGUUGGUUGUGUAAGAGAACUUUAAAGUGGGAUUUUCCUAGUUUAAUUAUGUUCUUUAUCUUCUGCAAGGAAUGCAUGCAUUUGCAAUUGGGAUAUUGGUUAGGAGUAAGGUGGGUUUGAGAUUUUAGGUGGAGAAUGGCUUUGUUUGGUAGAGGGUUUGAUGGGAGGUUUUAAGGACCUGCGAAUUUAAUGAAGGAGAAGGAUUUGGAUCUUGAAUGGGAAUGGGGUUUAUUCUGCAAAGAGGGCUUGUAGGCUUAUAGAGUUCAGUGCUGGUGAUGUAGAGAAUUCUUUGUUGGCUUAGAUGAUGGCAACCCAAGAAGGGGUUGAAUUGGGUUUUUAAAAACUUAUGUAAUUUUUAUGUGUGAAUCAAUGAACAAG